CUUUUCAGUGGAUGAUGUCUAAAAUCAAUAUUCUAUCUUUGAAUGGCCCUAUGAUCAGAUCACAUUCAAUGACCGACUUUGAUAAAUCUGUGUGCCGAUGAAACCCACAUUGGAUCCGGUCUUUGGGUUUCUAGAACUGAGUGAAGAAAGUAGAUGGGCACACCUCCAACCAUCCUUCAACAAGCUGACCCUCUUCGUAUCUACCUGCGGGAGCUAGUACAGCGUGCACUUCAACAAACCCAUUCUUCCUUUAUAUAAAUACCUCACAUAAACGUACAGAGAAGCACGAUUAAAUAGCCUUAAUUCUCAUAGCAGGGUAACAAACACAGGCAAUUUGCUCUUGGGUUUAACUGGUAAGAGACAAAAAUGGCACCAGCAGCCGCAGCGACAGUUCCUGCGAUACCCUCAGAACGACCCGACGUGCUUCCAGUGGGAGAGGCGGAGAGAGCGAAAUCGUUGCAGUCGAUCUUUGUGCGUGACGAGGAUGAGAGGCCCAAAGUGGCGUACAAUGUUUUCAGCAGUGACAUUCCGGUGAUCUCACUGGAGGGGAUGGAGGGCCCUGAGAGAGAGCGCGUGAGGGAGGAAGUGACCAACGCGUGCAAGGAAUGGGGAAUUUUCCAGGUGGUGAAUCAUGGUGUUCCAGAGGAGCUGGUGAGCACCAUGACUCAGUUCUCCCGAGACUUCUUCGCCCUUCCCGCAGAGGAGAAGCUCAAAUAUGACAUGCGAGGCGGCAAGCGCGGAGGAUUUGUUGUGAGCAGUCAUCUGCAGGGCGAGGCCGUUCUUGACUGGAGAGAAAUCUGCACUUACUUCGCUCAGCCCCUGCACCAACGUGACUACACCCGCUGGCCUGAGAAGCCUGAGGGAUGGAGAGAGAUUGUGGACAAAUACAGUGAGGUGCUGAUGGGUCUGGCUAGCAAACUGCUGGCGAUCAUCUCGGAGGCGCUGGGAUUGGAGCCCGAGGCGGUGACCAAGGCGUGCGUUGAGAUGGAUCAGAAGGUGGUGAUAAACUACUACCCCAAAUGCCCACAGCCUGAUAUGACCCUGGGACUGAAGCGCCACACCGAUCCUGGCACCAUUACUCUGCUCCUCCAAGACCAGGUGGGCGGCCUCCAGGCUACCAAGGACGAUGGGCUAAACUGGAUCACUGUCGAGCCUGUCCAGGGAGCUUUUGUAGUCAAUCUUGGCGACCAUAUGCAUUAUCUGAGCAAUGGGAAGUUCAAGACCGCGGAUCAUCAGGCCGUGGUGAACUCCAACUACAGUAGAUUGUCCAUUGCUACAUUUCAGAAUCCUUCGCAGGGGGCAAUUGUGUACCCACUGAAGUUAGAGGAGGGAGAGCAGUCUUUCAUGGAAGAGCCCAUCACUUUUGCUCAGAUGUAUUCCCGCAAGAUGAGCCGUGACAUCGAACUCGCCCUCCAGAAGAAGCUCGCCAAGCUCCCACCUGCCCCUGAACCAGCACCUGUCCUUACCACUGCUCCUGAAUCUCAAUAAACAAUUCCCAACUGGUGCUCUCAAUUCGGCUAGCUGUCUUUUACGGAUUUCCAUCUUGUCUACUUGUGAAAAAUAAUCCGAAUUCAAAUGCCUAAAUAACUUGGAGCUGAGUAAAAUUUAGGGAUUGUGGUGUUGGCUUUCAGUCCCUUGUAAUAGGGAUUUUUAAUAGACAAUAGUUUUAUUUUGAUAAA